UUCUUUGUUUAAAACAUUUUUACUUGGCUGCAUAUAUUAGAUAUCUUAUCGUCCUCUCUCUGGUUAUAUUUGUGUUGGUGGGUUUGGUUUUUUCAGAAAGGAAGUGUCUCUUCUUGUUCAGAACCAAAAAUAAAAAGGAAAAGCCCUUAGAACGAGGAAUCAAUCGUCACGAAAGAGGCCUCCAAGUACAAAGAAAAGCCACACCGAGAAACCAGAUAAUUAAAACCAAGGGGAUAGGAUAGGUGGACGUACACACUCACUCAACUCUUUACCCUUUUUAGUUUCCUUGAUGCUAUGACCAUGUCUUUGUGAAGAUUAAGUUUCUUUCCUUUUUUUUCCCCUUCUUGGUGUUUUUUUCAGCCAUGGCUGGUACCAAUGAAGUCAACCUCAAUGAAUCCAAGAGGGUUGUUCCAUUGAAUACAUGGGUACUCAUUUCCAAUUUCAAGCUAGCAUACAAUCUACAGCGCCGUCCUGAUGGAACAUUCAACCGAGAUUUAUCGGAGUUCCUUGACCGGCGGGUCCCUGCCAAUAUCAAUCCAGUCGAUGGGGUUUUCUCCUUUGAUCACGUCGACGGUGCCACCGGCCUUCUCAACAGGGUUUAUCAGCCGUCUUCUCUGAACGAGACUCAAUGGGGCAUCGUCGACCUCGAAAAACCUUUGAGCACCACCGAGAUUGUUCCGGUCAUUGUCUUCUUCCAUGGUGGAAGCUUCACUCAUUCCUCCGCCAAUAGUGCUAUCUAUGAUACCUUUUGUCGCCGCCUGGUUAGCCUUUGUAAGGCUGUUGUUGUGUCUGUAAACUAUCGCCGAUCACCCGAACACCGAUACCCCUGUGCAUAUGAUGAUGGUUGGGCUGCCCUUAAGUGGGUUAAAUCGAGAACUUGGCUUCAAAGCGGAAAGGAUUCUCAAGUCCAUGUAUACUUGGCUGGCGAUAGUUCUGGUGGCAAUAUAGCUCACCAUGUAGCCGUGAGAGCUGCAGAGGCUGAUGUUGAGAUAUUAGGGAACAUUCUUCUUCAUCCGAUGUUCGGUGGACAGAGGCGAACCGAAUCCGAAAAGCGAUUGGAUGGGAAGUAUUUUGUCACACUGCACGAUCGUGAUUGGUAUUGGAGAGCAUAUCUACCCGAAGGGGAAGAUAGGGACCAUCCGGCUUGUAAUCCAUUCGGUCCUCGGGGCCGAAGCAUCGAGGGCCAAAAGUUCCCCAAAAGCCUCGUCGUCGUGGCCGGUUUGGAUCUCAUUCAAGAUUGGCAAUUGGCAUAUGUUGAAGGGCUUAAACAAUCCGGCCAAGAGGUGAAACUUCUCUUCCUGGAGAAGGCCACCAUCGGAUUCUACUUCUUACCGAACAACGAUCACUUCUACUGCCUCAUGGAGGAGAUAAAGAACUUUGUGAAUCCAAACUGUUAAUAGUCUCUCUACUUUAACCUAAACUACUGGCAGCACAUACGUAACGAAGCAUGA